AAGGCGGAGCGGAGCCCAGGCCCGGCCCCGUCGCCGGGCGCGGGGCGGGACGUGCGGAGACGCACGGCUCGGCCUCGGUCGCCGCCGGCGAGGUGGAGGUACUUCCUCGAUGUGUCUCUUCCAAUUUACCGCCAGAAGGCUGGUUUCCCAAGCGCACUGCGGGCUUAAGGCUUCGUCGGCAAAGAGACAGAAGUUUUGCUUGGAAAUGGCUCGUCCUAGUUCAAAUAUGGCUGAUUUUCGAGAAGUGUUUGCCAAGGCCAAGCACAUUGCCAUUAUCACAGGAGCCGGGGUCAGUGCGGAGAGUGGCGUUCCUACCUUCAGGGGGGCUGGAGGUUUCUGGAGAAAGUGGCAAGCCCAGGAGCUGGCUACUCCCGGGGCUUUUGCGCGAAACCCUUCCCGUGUGUGGGAAUUUUACCACUACCGACGGGAAGUGAUGUUGAGUAAACAUCCAAAUCCAGCACAUAUUGCCAUUGCAGAGUGUGAAAAGCGUCUGAGCAAGCAAGGAAGGAGCGUUGUGGUCAUUACUCAGAAUAUUGAUGAACUGCACAGGAAGGCAGGCACAAAGCACCUCUUAGAAAUUCACGGUAGUUUAUUUAAAACUCGGUGCACCAGCUGUGGAAAUGUCGCUGCGAAUUACAAGAGCCCCAUAUGCCCUGCGUUGGCCGGGAAAGGGGCUCCAGAUCCUGAAACAGCAGAUGCUGCGAUUCCAGUUGAAGACCUUCCUCAGUGUGAGGAAGAUGGCUGCAAUGGGCUCCUGCGUCCCCACGUCGUGUGGUUUGGUGAAGCCCUGGAUCCUGAUGUUCUUACAGCAGUGGAGAAGGAGCUUGAUAUUUGUGACCUCUGCUUGGUAGUCGGGACCUCCUCCGUGGUUUAUCCUGCAGCCAUGUUUGCCCCUCAGGUCUCUGCCAGAGGAGUGCCAGUCGCAGAAUUUAACAUGGAAGCUACUCCUGCCACAAACAGAUUCAGGUUUCACUUCCCGGGCCCCUGCGGGACUACGCUGCCGCCGGCGCUGGCGCGACAUGAGACGGAGAUCAUCUCCUGAGCUCCGGGAGCGGCCCGACGGGACCAACGCGGCGGAGGCACGGCGGGCGGGGAGGGAGCGGGCGGCUGAGAGGAGGCGGCGGGUCUCGCCGGACGGUCCUCACGGCAAUAAAGGGGCGGUCGGGACCCGCCGCCGCCACUU